ACCUGUCAGUCUCUUUGAUGAAGGAGAUACAUGUCUGCUUUGCUACCUGGUCGAAGAUCUACAAUGACACGUCGAUACUUCUACAUGGGCUACACGGCAAAUAUACAAUUGUGAUUUUAACCAUAGAGGAAGACACAAACUUGAGAAAGAUCGAACAACAUCUCUUUCGACCAGAAUUCAGUGUUCUACAAGGUGGAAGGCUACGAGCUUUCAUUCCCUUAUGAUCAAAUAAACUAUAGCUUUACUUGGAACGACUGUCUAGUUUCCUAGUCAAUUACUUUUGGACAGAUCGCUUGGUAAUUUUUGAGACACAAGGAAUGACGCCAUUGUCUUUUCUAGAGACUACGAAACUAGAUGGUACAUCCAACUUUAAUUCAUUUUGAUUGAGUGGAAAUCACGACCAAGUAAAUAUCACUUUAAAAAUAAACAGCCUGAGCUUUGACGCGUUCUGCCAUCUAAUGACACAGUAGAUGAUUGCAAUGGAGAGCAUUGGACUGUUGUGGAUCACCUGUAUCAUAGCAUAUUCAUUAAUGAUGGAUUCCAUUGGACACACUGGAGCCGAUGCUGCGGAUUUAAGAGGGGUACCGUGUCAUUAUGAAACAACCAGCGAAGGAUUGAAAGCCACUUGUUCACACCGUAAUCUGACAGCGGUACCUACUAACCUCACCGAUGACAUCAUCGUGUUAGAUCUCACCCAUAACCAACUGACCAAAUUGACUAACACAUCUUUCAGUAGCCUUCCACAUCUGAGGUACCUAUAUCUUAACUCGAACAAUAUGAGUACUAUCGAGCCGGGUGCGUUUCAAGCUUUACCUGAGCUCUAUUCAAUCAUGCUGACAAAUAACAAUUUCACAUCUCUACCAACUACUAUAUUCUCCAAAAAUCUAAAGCUGGAACUUGUUGAUCUCACGGCAAAUCGAUUUGUAAGUUUCCCUGGAAACGCAUUGAAUUCUGUGCCUUCGUUGACUGAACUGCGCUUGGAUCAGAACUUUAUGUCAAGCUUACACUUUACAGGAUGGAGAAGCAGAAACAUGACUUUGCUUCUACUGAAAACAAAUCAUUUUUCGUCCUUUCAUGAAGACGAUUUUCUUCCCCUCAAGGACACAAGAAUCGACCUGAUAACAUUCUUCAACAACAAAAUCACCUCGCUACAGGAUGGCUUGUUCCAACAUCUUGAGGGCGUGAGAGAGAUGCGCCUAACGGCUAAUCAGAUCCGCAAUUUUAGCCUCCAUUCGUUUCUGGGAAUGUCCUCUUUGGAAACUCUUCAUAUGGCAACAAACUUGAUUUCAGCGAUUGAACCGCUAGCCCCUCUACCAAAUCAGACAAAUCUAAUGCCCAACUUGACAUCCCUAGACUUACAGGGCAACCGUAUCCCUUCAAUUCCCCCACGUGCUUUCUGGGGUUUGGGCAACCUUAUCAGACUUGACAUCCACCAGAGUCGCAUAAAGACUUUGCAAAAUGAUUCAUUUGAAGGACUUAAUUCACUGGAAAUUCUUGACUUGACGGGAAACCAUCUUUCCUAUGUCACCAAAGAUAUGUUUUUAUUUAGCCCGCGACUUCAAUCCUUGGUGCUACCGAGUAAUUGGUUCACGGAGCUGAGUCCAAAGCAGUUUGGUGAUAUAGCAUCACUAACCACUCUUAAUUUAGCAAGGUGCAGAAUAACUGAUCUCAUUCUACAGCGCGGGGGAUGGAAUCUACGAAAUUUAAAUUUCCUAGACAUAUCGCAUAACCGACUUAUGCGUAUUAACAAGAACUCCUUUUAUGGAAUGGCAAACCUCACAACUCUCGAUAUAUCCAACAACCGAUUAUUAACAACCAUUGAAAAUGGAGCUUUUGCAUCCAUUGGCCGUCUUCAGAUUCUGAGUUUGUCACAUUUGUCUUAUUUGGGUCAGUUGCAUAGUCCGUUCACGAAUCUGAAUGAGCUUACAAUACUGGACAUGUCUUAUACGUCAGUCGCAUUGUCGUAUGAACUCUUUAUAGGACUGUCCAAUCUUAGGAAAUUAAGUAUGCGGGGAUCAGGGCUAACAGCUUCCAGCUUCUGGGAUUCACAUCAUGAAGAUCUUCCAGUGUUGUCCGCUCUAUCAACGUUAGAACGUCUUUACAUCAAAGGGAACAAACUUAACAAGCUAAAACCGGGAACAUUUCAAGGUCUCCAAAACCUACGACAUCUUGAAAUGGAUGAUUCUGAGAUCAGCUCCCUGAAUGAGGAUAUUUUUAUGAAUCUGACAUCAUUACAGUCCCUUUUCAUUAAUGAAAAUCACAUCGCAGAACUGACAUCUCGACACCUCGCCGAUCUUAGCUCGUUAUUCGGAGUGUCCAUAAAAAGCAACGAGAUCAAAGGCUUAGCUUCAGAUGUCUUCGCAAAUAACCCACACCUGUCAUAUCUGUAUAUAUCCCACAACCAUCUGACCACUGUCAAAGAGGGUACAGUUCUACCUAGACAAACACUGGAUGUCUCCAACAAUCCUUUCAGUUGUAACUGUGAGUUUACAUGGUUUAUAAAUUGGAUUAACGAAGCCGAAGUAUCUAUCAUCCAUCCUGACCAAACGAACUGUUCAUCUGGUUCUCUAGCACCAUUUAAGAAUCAGCCCAUUCUUGCAUUUGAUCCCACCGAGGUCUGCGGAACUAAAGUCUGGGUCUACAUCAUCACGACCUUUGUUAUUGUCACCUGUAUCGUGGUCUGUGUUGUGGCUUAUCAAAGGAGAUGGUUGAUCAAUUACAAAUUAUUCCAUCUGACAUUAGUAUUUCUUGGCAGACCGGACGACCACGACGGACGAGAGAGGCUCGAUUACGAAUACGACAUCAACCUCGCGUUCCACAACGAUGACGAACAGUGGGUUAGGGAAAUAUUGAAACCAGGACUCGAAGAACGACUACCUGAUUUCGGCAGGAUCGUGUGCGGAGAUGACGACCUUCCGCUUGGAAUGUACUACAUUGAGGCCAUCACCGAAGUCUUCGAGCAAAGUUAUAAAAGCAUCCUGAUCGUGAGCAAUAGAGCCGUAGACAAUCACUCGUUCAUCAGCAAACUCCGUCUCGCGGUUGACCAAAUGAAUGAGGUCGAGCUAGAAAAGGUAAUUUUGAUAUUCAAGGAAGACAUUCCUGAUGGGCAUUUACCAUAUCUUGUAAGGCUAUUCCUUAGCAAGAACAAACCGUAUUAUCGAUGGUCAGAAGAUAAAUAUGGACAAAAACUAAUGUGGGAGAAGCUAGUGCGGGAACUAGGAUAUAACAAGAAAAUGAAUGAUAUUUUACCCAUCUGAAUGUGGUUUGGAAUGUACAUAUACAUUCGCGUUGUUAUAUUUCGUUUAAUUCAAUUUCACUGUUUAAGUCUGAAGAAGUGAUGAGCAACAUGUCACGAUGUCACUGAAAUGGGGAACCGAGCAUGCCUUGAAUGAACCAAUCAAGAACAGUCUUGCUUCUUGAAUUGCAAAGAACUCUAAACACUUUAAAAACAAUCAGCACCUGGAAAAGAGAUGAUCCCUUUAUAUCAGGUCUAUCAGAAAAUUCCUCAAAAGGCAAAACAAUAUAUGCUAAACGUCAUGAACUUAAUAUGGGAUACGGGUAACAUACCUCCAAGUCUUAAACACUCUAUCCUAAUACAUGUGUUAAAACAAGAUAAGGACCCCAAAAUGUAUCGUCGUACCGACCCAUAGCACUUACCUCAUGUUUUACCAAGAUAAUAGAACGGAUUGCAAAGAAGAGACUCCAAUGACAGGCUCCCUUCAUGACAAGCUUUCGUAGCAAACGUGGUGUCAUGGAUAACAUUGUACAUUUUUAAGAAUGCCAUCCAAAGAAGCAUAAAUGUUGGUGAAUAUAUAUUAUCAAUGUUUGAUAUUGAAAAGGCAGAUAAUAGACUUUGUAUCAAAGGUCUAAUGUACAAACUAUCAGUACAUGGUAAUAUGCUAGAAUUUCUUCAUAAUUGUUUGAAAGAGCGGACUUUUCAGGUAAAACUUGGAAAAGAAGAGUUAAAAUUACAUGAAAUGUAGAUGGCAGAUUUUUGUGCAAAAUCUGCUUCACAAAAUAACAUUGAAAUUUGUUGAUAAAUUAUCCUUUUCUGAAAUAAAGAGUAUUAAUUAUAUAAAAUUCUGGCAAGACAGACGGAAUAUUUCUUAAAGUUUUUAUGGUAUAUAAAUGCGUUCAUAGCAACUUCUUUCCUUUAGGUAGGCUUAAUUAAUCCUAAUGAUGUACAUGAGCAUCAUACAAGGCAAAUAGACAGUGGAUGUUUACGUGUGCCUAGAUUUCACACUGGUUGUUAUAAGUGUAGCCCAAUCGUUUCUUCUAUAUUUGAAUGGAAUAAGCUAGAUAAUUCGAUGAGAACGGCUUCUUCUGUCAAUUUAUUUAAGAUAUUGUUUAAACAAAGUUGUAAUUUGUGAAUGGCUCAGCCGAACAAACACCAUGUGCAUGUUUUGUAAUAUUAACAUGAUUUAUUCGCAUGAUUGCGACUUAAUCAAUAUUUUCCUAUUCACAUUACUGUUGUACUAGGUUAAUGAUAUAUGUUUAUUUUGCAAACGAUUAUUAUUUUUGCCACGUCUUUUAUCGCUGUGACAUAUCUUUCUAAAUGUACUUUGGAAAUUUGUUUUAACUGUUCUGUAUAAACGUUAUGCUUUUUUAUGUAAAUAUGUUCAUGUUUAUUCAGGGCCCCAAGGAAGACCACUAAUUAUUGGUGAAUGGGAUACCCUGACAAAAGAUUAGAAAUAAAUAAAUAAAUA